AUGUCAACUACAAACAAAUACACAUACCAAAAGAGGUCAAAUGCGACAGUGGGGAAGCCGCGUACCGGACAUAUAAAGGCACCGGUCACAUGUACAAAUGAAGACAGGAACAGUUCUCUCACCGUUCUCUCACCGUCAUCUAACGAAGAAGACAAUGUUUGCAUUAAUGAUCAAUCAUCAGCAUCACAAUCUCGACGUGAACCGCGUCAAGCAUUAGCAGACAAAACCAAUACCGGUAGCAAGACGGUCCCACGUAAUGCUACUCGGAUUGGUGGUGGCGGGAAAAGGGUCGUGAAAAAUGCUAAAGAUGAUAGCGACAGGGAUAGUCAUUGUGCCAAUAAUGCUAAUGAUGAUAAUAACAAAGAAAAGACAAAGCAACAGGCGAGACCGAAAGAACUACAAACGGAAAGAGAAUUAAAGAGACUUAAACGCAACAGUGAGAGCGAGAUCGACAGUGAAUAUAGCGUAUCUAGCGAUACCAAACCAACAAGAACACACCAAAGUAUUAGUAACCUCAAAAAACAUCAGCCACGUACAUCUGCUCAUGCCCAUGCCCGUACCAGAACUCAUCUUCCCUCGAUUACAAACACAAGCACCCUCGCCUCUCCAUCAACUCUCCCUCAAGACACCACUCCUCGACGAGUAAAAAGAUCAUCACCAUCAACGGCAGUUGACGAAUCAAGUAGUUCGUCUGAUGAUCCGAUAUUGGUAUAUUCGUGGUACAAAGAAUCAACUUUGUGUUCUGUUGAGACGCGAGGAAAACUUGGGAAACCUGAUAGUUGA